AUGGACGACGAGGCUCCCCUCCCGAGCACUGUUGUUAGCAUCCCCGAUGUAUUCGGCGGUACGGCGUACAUACAACUCAACGGAGUUAGCAGCAUUGAAGCUGAGGAAGGCGGUGACAUGCCGCACCCCCAGGGCGAUACGGCAGCGGCUCCGACGGAGAGUGAGGGAGUCGAGGCCUACCUAGUGGAUGACGGCCCGACCACGCCGAUCUCAUGCAACACGGCUCAACCCUCCAGACCGCUCAAGAGACACCGGUCAGACUCCCCGCCCCUCCCCAUUGUCUCGAUCAAGAAGCACACCCUCCCCGGCCCGUCUGUCAAGGGAAAGGAGGUAGCGGGGAGACCCGCGAAGACCCCUGCCCUGCAAAACCCGAUCACCCAGCUCCCCAUCGCGGGUGGCUCCGGACACGCCGCGUCCGCACGGGAAUGGACAGCUCCUACCGCACCCCAGCUGACUGUCGCGCCUGCGGGUAUCCCUCUGUACGCUGCUGCGCCUACACCCGCGCCCGCGCCCGCCCAAGUGCUUGCAAGUGCGCCUGCGAUCGCGCCCACGCCCGCGCCCGCGCCUGAGCACGCGCGCGUGCCCGCGUCCGCGCCCACGCCUGCGACCGCGCCCGCACUCGCCCUUGCACCUGCACCCGCACUCGCCCUCGCGCCCGUGCGCCCGCCUGCGCCUGCGCCUGAGCAUGCUGGACCCGCUGAAGUCGUGGCAGGCCUGACUUUCGUGCCCACGCCGGCCAUGGCGCUCACACUCACCUCGACGUCCGCGCAGGCAGCUCAGGCGCGCGCCGGCGCGACACACAGAGAUCAGAACGCGAUGGCGCUCGGGGUGAUGCGCGCAGCUCUCCAGGGCAAAGGGCUACACGGAUACGUGUCAAACGCGCCCGCGAUCGCGAGUGCCGCCGCCACCAACCCCUCUGCCCUUCCCACUCUUCGCGACUCUAUCCAUGCCGUUAGAACCUCAGCAACGCCCACCUCCUCAACCCAACACGCUGCUCUCCGCGCGUUGGCGGAGAGCGACGCUGGGGCCCUCUACAAGUGGCAAUCUGAGCAAGUGCAGCAGUAUCUCCUCAACGCGGGCUACACCGCGACCUUCCACGUAACGCCAAACGACGCAUCUACCUGCACCGGCCCGCCCGCUGUCACACUAUCGGUCCAUCCAAUCACCCUCCCCCACGCAGCACAGCUCACGGCGCUGCCCAACGCCAAUGUGCUCCAGCAUGCGGCCGCGCGGGACAGGCCCCCGAGUUCGGCAAACGGAGGUCGAGCAGAGAACAGCGAGGUGAGCACCGCGCCCCUCACUGGAGCUGCUGCUAGCGAUCUAGAACGCGCACGCGAGGCCAUCCACACGCAAAGGGAGCAAGCGACGGCGCUGGCGAUCCAAAUGCAACAAGAGCAGUCGCUCCUGGAUAGCCUAGUGCUCAACGGCUCAUGUGGCGAGCAGAUGGACGUUGACGGCCCAUCUCUCGGCGCGACAUGGCAGCCGGAGCUAAGCACGAGCGGGCUAGUGUCCCAAGGUGCCCCCCCUGCCUACGCUGCGCCCUCGGCGGACGCGAACGGUUCAGGGUGGACCCUACCGGCGAAGGCCUCUGGCGCUGAACGUCCCUCCACUCUCCCCCGCCUACGCGUCCACGAGCUGCUUGCGAUGGGGGUGUGUGUCCUCCCCGCCCCGCUCGGCGACUUCCCUCCGAACCACAAGCGAGACCCGCUGGAUCUCGUACGAGGCGUCCAGAGUACGCUCCUCACGCGUCUGGAGGAGCAGAGCGACACCGCCUUUGGUUUUGAAGUGAACAUGCAAACCGACCUCGGGGAGGACGACGAUCUAGCGGACGCGCUCGAGUCCCUCGUCAUGAACACCAUGACCCUCAUCGCCGGCCACUCGAACUUCAAGAUCGUCCGACCGCAGAAGCCUAAGAAUCGAGUAGUAACUAUCGAUUUCACCACACUCUGGCUCGCGUACAACAUGACCCCGGACACGAAGAAUCGUUUCUUCGAGCAACGCGUCUGGCCUUUCUCGUUCCUCACCCUGCACAUGCACGAACUACGCCAGACCCCCGGGCGUUUCCUCGCCACUUACCGGGGCUUCCCCAAGGUCAGCGACGAUAUCAUCAAGCAGCUCGUUCUCCAGCAUCUCAAAUCUAGCACGUUGAUUGCGCUCACGGCGGAGGCGAUCGUGUCGGACUGGGAGAGCUCGGGCGAGGUCGACGCGAUGGAAGUUGCGAACCGCCUCAUGGACAGCGCCGACGUUGUCGUUCGGAUCAUUGCUGACAAAAGCGAGACGGUACGCUCUGCUACAGUCUACUGCGAUCCUCCGACAACUCGAUGCGAGAAGUGGAUGGAUUGGAGGGACGCAAUGGCGCUCAUACCCUUCCUGGGGAACCCGGAUAGCAAGGUGACCGUCCUCAGACCGAUCCGCUGCAUCGGGUGCCACGCAGGCGACCACCACCUCGUCAACUGCCCUUUCCCCGUGCUCGUCCCGGGCUGGAACGGCACCAUAGACCUUGGGGAUCUCGCGGUGAAGGCGAAGAAGACCAAGACCGGCGCGAAGAAGGCGGCGACCGCGCAUGCGUCGGCAUCGGGCCUCACCAAAGGUACCCCGCGCAAGGACCGCGCUGCGUCGUCGUCCACGACCGCGUCUGCAACAACGCGCGACGACCAGACGCAGUCGGAGGAUGACGCGAGAGGGGACGACGGACCUGCGCGUCCACGGGGCCGCGGGCCCAAAACGCGCGACCGUACGACGGAGCCUCCCCAACACCCGCGUGAUUCGCACGCGCCCUCGAAGCGUGAGCGAGAGCGCGACCGUGACGCGCACCUGCCUCGCCACGCGGGACCUCCUCCUGUGCAGGCAAGGCAGGGGCAGGAGUCUUACCCCACACCUGAGGACAGCGCAAACGGGUAUGGCUACUCGCGAGGAGGAUACGGCCCGCCCAUGACCAUGGGAUAUGACCAACCGGGUCGAGACUAUGGCCCUCCACCGUCGUACAACGCCCUCGACGCCCCGCGCUUCGACAUGGCGGCGAACCAGUGGGCGCAACAGCCGCGCUACGGCCCCGCGGGCUAUGUCCCGCCCGCGCAGCCGAGACAGUACGCGCAGCAACCGCUGCAGCAUCAGCCGCAGAUGCAGGCGCACUGGGUGUCGCAGGCGGGCCAGUACGCCGACAUGGAGCAAGCUGGGGAGAACGGCGGGGGCUACCACGGCCACCAGGGCGCCCCCCCUCAGCAUCAGCCAUACGACGCGGGACGCGGCCGCGGGGGCGGCCCGUACCGCGGAGGGGGAGGACGGGGUGGACGCAAACACAGCCGGUCGCAGGGGUACCCCCAAAACGGCCCAAAGCGACCGCGACGGAGAACGCGUGCGGCGCGCGGCCUCUGGAAGCGGGACGUGUUCGACAUCCACUGCCAUAAGCUCUCCAAGCACACUGCGCAGCGCCGCUACACUGCGGACACACUCUGCAACGAGAACCGCAGCUACGCGCCCCCGCCUACCCGCGGCGCCGCCCACGGUAAAUGCACGCCAAUGUGGAAGCUCAACACCUGCACCCAAGCACGAGAGCAAUGA